AUGCAGCCUCUCGCGGUCGCCAUCUUGCUGGCCUUGGCCUGCGCCGGGCCCCGGGUUCGAGCCUCGGAGAUGGACGAGGCCCUGCACACCCUGGGCAUCGUGGCGGACACGCCGGCCAAGAUCGAGCCCGAGGGGCCCCUGCGCGGCUACUUUCGCCACGUGCGCGCGCCCGCCGACCGGAGGACCAUGACCGUCGAGUUCUACAACAAGCACACCGGCGAGUGCAAGAAGUACACUGUGGUCGGGGAGCGGGAGGACGAAGGCGUAUACGUGGGGCAGUACGACGGCGUCAACCACUUCACCGUCCUCUACCAGGACGACGACUCCACCAUCUUCCACAACCGGAAUACGGACGAGGGCGGGAACGUCACCAACAUGAUCCUGCUGGCCGGGAAGGGGCAGAGCCUGACCCAGCAGCAGGAGAAGAAGCUGAAGAAGUUCGCCAAGAAGCACGGCCUCCCCUUCGCCAGCCUGCAGCGCGUGCAGGAGACGGACGAUUGCCCCGAGUGA